UAUCCAAUACACACAAAAAUCUCUUUGUUAAUCCUUCCUCCAUUAACAAGAUAACAAAGAAAUCGAUUCUUCAGAUCUUUCUCAACAACAUCUCUAUCUUCUACUUUUUUCUUUUUUAUGCAAACUUUGAGAUCUUGAAAUUUGCUUAAAUUACACUCUAUGGAUUCUCUUUUUUUCUUUAGCUUUUUUGCUGUUGCGGUUAGCUUCUUCACGCCUUUGUGUAUAAUAUUUUUCUUGCUUCAUAAAAAAUUCAGAUUCCAUCAACAAAACAAAACAUUAAUCGCUUCAUCUUCUUCUACUUCUUCUGUUAUUUCUCCUUCUUUGUCUCGAAACUGGAAACAUCAUGUCUUCCCGAGCUUCCAUGGGGAAGAUGUUCGAAGAACCUUUCUUACUCACAUCCUUAAAGAGUUCAGAAGAAAGGGAAUCGACCCAUUCAUCGAUAAUGAUAUUGAGAGGAGCAAAUCUAUUGGUCCGGAGCUCAUAGAAGCUAUCAAAGAGUCAAGAGUUGCAAUUGUCUUGCUCUCAAAGAACUACGCUUCUUCGUCAUGGUGUCUUAACGAGUUGGUGGAGAUCAUGAAGUGCAGAAAAGAGUUUGGUCAAAUAGUGAUGACCAUUUUCUAUGACGUAACUCCAACACACGUAAAGAAGCAGACCGGAGAUUUUGGAAAGGUCUUUACAAAAACUUGUAAAGGUAAGACAAAAGAGGAAAUAAAGAGAUGGAGAACAGUUUUGGAGGCUGUGUCCAAGAUCGCUGGAGAGGAUUCUCGAAACUGGGAUAAUGAAGCAGCCAUGAUCGAAAAAAUCGCUACUAAUGUUUCAAAUGUGUUGAAUAAUUCAACACCAUCACGUGAUUUUGACGGUUUAAUUGGGAUGGGAGCUCGUAUGAAAGAAAUGGAGCCGUUGUUAUGCCUAGAGUCUGAUGAAGUGAGGAUGAUAGGGAUUUGGGGUCCCUCUGGGAUCGGUAAGACCACCAUAGCCAGAUUUCUGUUUAACCAAAUCUCAAAAUCUUUCCAGCUGAGCGUCUUUAUGGAAAACAUUAAAGAGUUUAUGUAUACAAGACCACUGUGUACUGAUGACUACAAUACAAAGUUGCAGUUACAGAAACAGUUUAUGUCUCAAAUAGUAAACCACAAGGAUAUCGAGAUUCCUCAUCUAGGAGUUGUACAAGAUAGGUUGAACAACAAGAAAGUUCUUAUUGUUCUUGAUAACAUUGAUCAGUCAAUUCAACUAGAUGCUCUAGCAAAAGAUACUCGGUGGUUUGGUCAUGGAAGUCGGAUUGUCAUCACAACGCAAGACCAAAAACUUUUGAAGGCACAUGGCAUCAACCACAUAUACAAGGUGGGUUUUCCAUCAACAUCUGAAGCUUGUCAAAUAUUUUGUAUGUAUGCUUUUGAAAAAAAGUUUCCUAAAGAGGGUUUCGAGAAGCUUGCAUCGGAAGUUACAAAACUUGUAGGUGGACUACCAUUGGGACUAAGAGUUAUGGGAUCCCAUUUUCGGGGAAUGUCUAAACACGAGUGGAUAAUUGCACUACCAAGGUUAAAGACUCGUCUUGAUGCCAGUAUUCAAAGCAUUUUAAAGUUUAGUUACGAUGCCUUAUGUGAUGAAGAUAAAAAUUUAUUCCUUCAUAUAGCAUGCCUAUUCAACCAUAAAAGGGUUGAAAAAGUGGUAGAACAUCUUGCGCAUGAUGAUUUCUUGGAUGUGAGGCAAGGGCUUCAUAUCUUAACUGAGAAAUCUCUAAUAUCUAUUGAAGAAGGAAGGAUAAAGAUGCAUAAUCUGCUAGAACAGUUAGGUAAAGAAAUAGUUCGUCAUGAGCUUGGACCCCAAUCCAUUCAUGAGUGUGGAAAGCGUCAAUUUUUGGUUAAUACUAAAGAUAUUUGUGAAGUACUCACUGAUGACACGGGUAGUAAAAGUGUGAUAGGCCUCCAUUUCUACCCAUCUGAGCUGUCAGGAGAAUUAAAUUUAAGUGAGAGAGCUUUUGAAGGAAUGUCUAACCUUAAAUUCUUAAGAUUUUACUACCGACGUGGUGACCAGAGCGAUAAAUUGUGCUUACCGCAAGGUUUGAAUUGUCUAUCCCGAAAACUUAGAAUACUAGAAUGGGAUCGUUUUCCAAUGACAUGUUUGCCUUCCAAUUUUCGUACGGAGUGCCUUGUUGAAUUAAACUUGCGGUUCAGCAAACUUCAUAAGCUAUGGGAAGGAAAUCAGCCGCUUGGAAAUCUCAAGUGGAUGUAUUUAAAUCAUUCCAAAAACCUAAAGGAGCUACCUGAUCUCACAACUGCCACUAAACUUGAAGAAUUAUUUCUCGUUGGAUGCUCAAGUUUAGUGGAGCUCCCUUCUUCCAUUGGGAGUGUUGUUAAACUCCAAAGAUUGUAUCUUAGUGAUUGCUCGAGGUUGGUGGAGCUGCCUUCCAGUAUUGGGAAUGCCAUUAAUCUCGUAUGGUUGAAUCUCAUUGGUUGUUCAAGUCUGGUAAAACUCCCAUCAUCAAUUGGAAAUGCCACUAAUCUUCAAGGAUUAUAUCUUGAUAUGUGCACUGGUCUGGUGGAGCUACCCUCCUCUAUUGGAAAUCUUCAUAAAUUGCAAACGUUGACUUUAUUAGGAUGCUCAAAGUUAGAGGCUCUUCCUACUAAUAUCAACUUGAAAUCUCUUGAUACACUUGAUCUCACUGAUUGCUUGUUGUUGAAAAGUUUUCCAGAGAUCUCCACAAACAUUAUGGAUCUUAGGCUCAUGGGAAGUGCAAUAAAAAAUAUGCCUUCGUCGAUCAAGUUGUGGUCUCGUCUUCUUGACUUGGAAAUGUCAUACAAUGAAAAUCUCAAGGAUUGUCCGCAUGCUCUAGAAAGGGUUACGGAGCUUCAUUUGAGCGAUACAAAUAUACAAAACCUUCCUUCAUGGUUCAGCAGUUUCACUCGUCUAGAUCGCCUUGUACUCAAGGAAUGUAAGAAGGUGGUAUCACUCCCACAACUUUCAGAUUCCUUGUCAUACCUAAAAGCAGUAAAUUGUGAGUCACUAGAAAGACUCGAUUGCUCAUUUCACAAUCCAAACAUUUGUCUAUGCUUUGUUAACUGCUUCAAACUGAAUAAAGAAGCGAGGGAACUCAUCAUCAAGACAAGUACUAACCGUGUCGUCUUACCUGGUGGAGAAGUGCCUGCGCACUUCACUUACCGAGCUACUAGUGGAAGUUCCUUGACAAUCAGGUUGAAUGAGAGGCAUCUCCCUACAUCCAUGAGAUUUAAGGCGUGCAUCUUGCUGUUUGAUAAAAGUGUCAAGGAGAAGAAGGUGGAAGAGGUGUAUGAUAGAAAAGCUAUGAAGGUAUCGUACCGCAUUAUGGAUCGUGGCGUCAUUGUUCCUUGCAGACCAACACACUACUAUCUGGCUCCCCCUCUAAAAGAGCACUUGUACAGCUUUGAAUUUGAAGUGGACGUGACAUCCAAUGAGCUUUUCUUUGAUUUCCAAGUCGAUAGGAAUGAAGCGGUAAUAAAAGAAUGUGGGGUAGUACUCCAACUCUAAAGUCCCUUAUUCAGUCUUUUUUGGUCCACUAAGAUUCCAUCAGUAAUUUGGUUUUGCUAAACCCAAAAAUGAAUGUAUGUGUGUGCGUGUGAUUAUGAUAACGAUCGAGUCCGGUUCAGGCAUGAUAUGAAUCCAAAAGAAACCGCAUGCAUACACACACAUUACAUCAACUGCUUUGUAAUGAAACGAGACUAUAUUGUAAAAAAAUUAUAGUUGAAACAUUUAACGUAUA